CGUUAGCGGCGCGACCGAUCGCGCUGACAUGGUGCAGAUGUUCUACUAUGAGAACCGCGGCAAGUGUUGCAAGAAGCUGCUCAGAUACAACGGAUAUCCGAACAAGGUCCUUCUAUUUCCCGAAGAAGGUUGGGCGAGAAGCGCGAGUAGUUCCUACUGGACUCUGACGCCGUUCUGGUGGAGUCGAAGUCGGUGCAAGGUUGUUGAAGUCGCUGGAACAAGAAGAUACAGUACUCAGGCUAAGAUGGUAGAUACGGGAACAGGCACGCUUUAUAUUAUCGGAUCAUUCAAGAGAAUGACGACCGAUCCUGAUUUCAAGCUGUACCUGACGUCGAAUGUCUCGUCGAGCGACUUCAACAUGGGCUACAGCAUGACGGGCACGCUGGAGCGCGGCUGCAAGAAGACCAACUCCUUCCAGAUGACCCACUUUGCGGUGAUACGGCGGCGAGACUACGAAAAGGCAUACGAAGACCCAAAUCCCACCUAGUGUCCGUCCACACCCACGCUCUCCGAGUGUGGGGACUGCGAGCAUUACACGUAGUUGGGGAGAAAGGGCCGCCUAGGGGAAGAAGGAGAGAAAAAGAGAGAGAAAGAGAAAGAGAGAGAGAGAGAGAGAGAGAGAGAGAGAGAGAGAGAGAGAAAUGCAUUUUUCCGCGCGGUACACACACGUAAAAGUGCAUCCGGAUGCUGAGAAGAAGUUGCUCUUGAGGUCGGUCGCUUCCGGAAACUCCUGGCGAGCUCAAUGAACCAUCUCCUCGAUGGAUCCGCGAAGAUGAUCGAUCGCGUUUGAAUCGGUUGCGACGAGAAAGUAUACAAAUUGGGAACGCGCUCGUGUAAAAUUAGACCACUAAGUUAUUUUCUUUAUUCUAAGUCAUUUGUGUGUCGACAUUAUUAUGAGAUUUUAAAAGGCGCGAAACAAAGAUAAAAAAAUAAAGAGAACCACAACAAGGGAUGAUGAUAAAAGGAGAGAAAAAAAUAGAUAACGACAUGAAGAAAAACUUAAGAGAGAUGUGCGAGGAGAACUGCAAACAUUGUAACUGCAGCGUUAUCUACAUUUUCUCUUGCGAGAGAUCGUAAGGAUGGGAGAUAAUCAAGGUAAAGUGUGAAGGAAGAAGCUUUAAUUCGCGCAGAAUCAACAUUAGCUUGUGGUAAUAAGAGAUCAUCGGAGAUGAAAGGCGGAAGUGAAGAGAUCAAGAUAGAAUAAAUUGUAAGAAAAAAAAAAAGAGUAUGUGGAAACUUUUAAUUUUCGCAGAAUAAAUAUUCACAAGUUUUCUUUUUAAGAAAAAAGAAUUUUUAACGCGAAUCUCUCUUUUUUCCUAUUAUUGUGAUAUUGGCGUAAUUUUUUGUCUUGCACAUUGUAGUCUGCGUUAAGGUUUGAUUAGCGGUCUAAUUAACACGGUGUCUGUGAGACGCGUCGAUUUCUCGAGAUACGUCAGUUUCGCGCGCAAUCGAAUUCGAGAUCAAACGUCGAACAUCGGGAACGCGACCUUGGGAACAAACACCGACAGACUUUGUGGAAGGAAAGCUGAAGGUUUGUUAUUACAUCGCAAAGAAACGAUAUACCAAAGCUAAAAAAAUAAGUGGCAGCCCUGCGUGAGCGCCAGAGCCAAACGUCCAAAGAUAGUACUUAAAAUUUAGAUCGAAUUAAUUAGUUCUUAAUGGAAGUCGACGAGAGACGCACAUACCUGUAAGAAGAGAAGCAUAUUUGAAGAUUGCGACGUUGAUCGAGAGGAUGCGGAAACUUUUACCAAAGUACUAGUACGUAAGUCACUUGCAACUCUCUGCCGACGAUAACCCAAGAUCACGGAACACACAUAUACACACACAAAUACACACAUACCAUAUUCACAUGCACACUCUUCAAUUUACAAGGUACACUGCUUCUCAUCGAUCGACGCAUCGAUGGUUGCCGCCGCCUCGUCGAGACUAAAAUUAGUAAGAAAUUAGCAAUUAAGGCUUUUUUUUUCUCAAUGAAUUUUUCUCGGCGAAUCAAUCUGCCUAGGGUAUAGUUUUAUGUGCCAAUUCCAAGAGCCAUCGUUGACGAGCACUGUACCUGACAAUUGCUACGAGUCAGAGCGCGAGUACGCGCGCGCGCACGGUGAAAAGCCCCGAGCUCCGGCGGAAACGAUGUUUCCAACCCCAUUUAGCGGUUAGUCACAAAAGUUCAAAAGACGUUUCAAUGAAAUCCAACGGAACCACUGAGGGAGAUUAAAGCGUCUUUUUAGUCUUCUUUUGGACUCAAUCUUUCGCAAUAUUGUCAACCGAGCUUCCUAUAAAAAGAUACAUAUAUAUAUAUAUUAUAUUGUCUAACUUUUACAAUUCAAUCUUUGAACCACACACAAUGUGUUCAAGUAUCUAAAUAAAAAAAGUAUCUUCUUACUAACUUUAUUAUUACUUUUAUUACAAAUUUUGUCUCAAUAUCUAUCAUAAGUCGUAAAAUUGCAUCGCGCUUUUUACUUUUUUUUUACUUUUUAUGUAGAUCUAGUUUUACUUUUUUUCUCGAAACAUGCUUGUCCGAUUUUUGAUUUUCGAUUAUCAAUUUUGUCAUCUGACCUAUUUUGCCGGCGUAUACAUGUAUUGUAUUUGUAGUUUGACGGUUCGCCGGGGGUGAGGAAAUUUCAUAUGGCGGUAAGAAAACCCGCGUGUAUGUCGGUUAUAAAUAUCGUUUCGCCGUUGGUCCAGGCUUUUAUAGGCAGUAUAUAGCUGUAGCGUGUAGCCGGCUUACAAGGUAUUUCAAAGCUUGUUACGCGCCUCCCCCUCCGUCUUUCUUCGAGCUACCGCCGAUGGACGUCGCGCUCAGGGAAGAAAGGAAGGAAGAAAGCUCGCGAUAGAGAGAAAGAGAGAGAAAGAGAGAGCGCUACGCUGCACUGACGCCGGACACACGAUAUACAAAGAGCGUGAGAGACCUCUCUUUAUCUUUACCUUACCCCUAACCACGGGAUCAUCGUGAGCCGGUGUUGCAACACGUAAACGUGUAACGAUACUUAUUUUUGCUAAAGAGUAGAAAGAGUCGCGCGCUCACACCAGCCAUGAUGUAUUCCCGUGAGAUCUGAGUCAGUGAAAUCGCCGAUCGUUCGUUCGUGAUUGAAAAUAACGAAUUAGACAAGACAGACAAAAAGUCAAGUUUCUAUUAACGCAAAUAAAUGUUAUGAAAUAUUCAAUUUUUCUCGAUAAUGUAUUUUAUCAUUGUUUUCUUUGUAGUUAUGUGAGCAAGAAACUAUCGGUCUCCGUUAAAGAGUAAUUAAAGUUACGUUUCAGACCGCGAUCCAGCGGUCUCGCGGCCUGUGAGUAUGAGGACUGCGAGCAGGAAGGUUCCGAGUUCGAAUCACACACCUUCGGAUCUUUUCGAUCUCUUUCAGUCAGAUUUAUCGAUUGAAAUGCAAACUGAAUGGGCCUCCAACCAUCUCGAAGUGACUAUAAGCACUUCCGGUGAUUCUCGGAAUCCACCUACGAUCUGUAGAUCCAUCAUACUCACACUCUACUCAAGCCCUCAGUUUGGAGAUUGGGCGCUAGGCUGACAAUCUGUCCCGUAAAACUUGUAUUGUUAAAAAAUCAGAAAAGGGACCCGGUGAUUGUGAAUUGUAGUGCUAUAGAAGAAAGUUAUGUUUUAAAAUAUGUUUAAAUAAUUUAUAUUUAUUAAAUCAAAGCGAUUAUAUAUAUGUAUAUAUAUGUUAAAAUGAUUUAGAAAGGGUAAUACAAAAUAUAAUAGAUAAUUUUAUCUUUGUUUCGCAAAUAUUGUAUUUGUGACACAAAGACAAAACUACCUAAUAUAUUACUCACUAUUGUCUUUCUACAUCAUCUUAAUUUUCAACGAGUAUCAAUUAAUACGUACGCGUUACUUUCUUUGUUCGACGAUGUUAUCGACGAAUGUGCAAUCAAUUUGAAUGGUUUUCAAAAUAAAAACACUAACGAGACGAAAGAAGUUUUAUCGCGUUCGAGACGUUUCUUCGUUUCACAUUGUCGUCUUUGAAAAAUUGAAAAUCAAUAAACACAAUGAACGAGCGAUCGAAACCUUUACUAUACGUAGUAAUCUUGUCGUACGUAACUGCCUCCCUUUUAUAGUCCUCAAUGAAAAUCUAGUACCUUUCGCUUUUGCUCAAGGAAUUAUUAGUGUGUCAAAAUAACUAUUAUCUGUGCAAUAGAGCGCAAAGAAAUUAGAUUGUUCGCAUUUUUAUAUUAGACUGCGCAUUAUUGUGUUAAAAAAGUUUUCGUUCAACUAUAUUGAAAUACCUAAACAAAAAUUACCUAAACAAAUAUUAUAGAUAAACACUUAGAAAGAGAGAAAUUAGAUAGAUAUAUAUAUUAUUUUGAGUACAACACAGAGAAAUCUCUUCAAAUGGCAAAGUCCUUCAUUAAUCUCGCAUGUCAAGAUUUUACAUUAAAUCUACUGAAAGAUAACGUAGAAAGAACUUUACUGUAGAGCCUUUAUUGGUCUUUCUUUGCGUUAUGAUAUUGCCGACACUUUUCUUGAAGUAGCGCGAAUGAAUCUCCAACUGGAUUCCAGUCUCUCCCAUCCGAGUGGAAUUUCACGUUACAGGGUUUUUAUAGCGUUAUUGUUUCGCAAUUCAAGAAGGUGAAAAAAAAAAAAUCUUUUGCUUCUUUCAGCAAUUUUUUUACACAAUCCUACUUGCUCCAAUAACGGAACUACACUAAUUGCUGAGAGAAAGAAUAAUUCCAUAAGUUGAUAUUGCUCAUGAUACGGCAAACCCCUCGUUAGCUCGAAUCCUUCUCCGCCACAAACAUAUAUAUAUGUAUAAUCUUGAUAUAUAUACUAUAUGUAUAUAGUAUAUAUAUAUGUAUAUAUAUAUAUAUGUAUAUAUAUGUAUAUGUAUGUAUAUCUUAACCAUGAAAGCUACUACUAGUUUCGAGUUCCUGCAAAUUCGCUCUAACGAGGCCUUACCGUAUACGUAUUUGCCGAUGUGUGUAUCGGAAUUACGUUCGUUAUCAUUACUCACAUUACUUGGAUUGCGAAGAUCAAGUAGAGAAUCGAUAAAACAAAGUACCACUGCAUGUAUAUAAGUAGACAUAUAUAUAUAUAUAUAUAUAUACAUAUAUAUACGUAUGUAUAGUAUGCAACUCAAUCACAUGUGCACAUACGUACACUACACGCUUUGCAAGUAGAAUGAAAUUGAUCCUCGUUGAUGUUGUAGAUCGUUAGAUUAGCACGUGUCGAAUGCUUCUUUUAGCCUAUCUGUAGUCUGUAGAUUUAGCAACGGAACGCCCGCCGUCUCAUAGUUAUAGAUUGUUUUCAAUAGAGAUACAGAUUGUAUACGGCGGAAGGAUUGUAUCGAGAACACUCUCAAGUUCUGUAAAACUUUUACACGGACUUUUUUAAGGACUCUUUUCAUCUCGAGUCGUUUGUAGAAAUUUUGCGAUAUAUUCUUUUCAAUCGAGCGAAGGGUAUUUUUCUUGAAAAACACACUUUUUGUUCCAACAUGGUUCCAACUCUUCAUAUCUCACUCAACGCGAAAAGACUCGUUUUCGUUUUACAGCGCCUUGGCGCUCCUAAAUUCAACAAAAGCAUUUCCAACGUCGGGCAAACGAGCGAGGCCAGACGAGACGACGUCUCGCUCGGCUUCCUGGCUCUUAAGAUUCAUGACCGUCGGUUUAUGACGCUCUCGCAGUAGUCGUCGUCGGGCAGGAAACCGAUCUACGAGCGCGGAACUUGUUAAGACCCUCGGCGAAUUACGGAUGUUCGAUAUCUCCCAAUAUCACCUGGAACGCCGUUUAUAGUCGAAAAUUCCGCGUUGGCUUUUAAAGCUCUCGCAAAACGCGGCGAAUAUUUCUGCUUGCGUGGCAGCGAAGAGCGACAGGAGAGACAGUUGUCGAUAAUAUCGGAAAAUUUACUGGAUAGUCGCAAACUCGCGUCCAUUAUAUAACGAAAAUCCCGCGCCAAUUCGGAACCGUGAGGCAUCAAACUUCGUGAAUUAUACGAAGAUUAAAUGUCACUUUCUUUAUUUUGCUUCAUUUGUGAGCAAUUAAAUUUUAAUUCAAGUUUCAAUCAAAAUCCCAACUAAA